ACCUAAAAUCACCAGAUAGAGAAAAACUCGACUUGAGAGAGUGAGAGAGAAUAAUGUCUGCAACAGGCGGAGACGCCGGCGGUGGUGGCGCAGGGCAAGAGGAGGACAAGAAGCCCGGGGACCAGUCCGCUCACAUUAACCUCAAAGUCAAGGGCCAGGAUGGCAAUGAAGUGUUUUUUAGGAUCAAACGGAGUACCCAGAUGCGGAAACUAAUGAAUGCAUAUUGUGAGAGGCAGUCAGUGGAUUUGAACUCCAUUGCAUUUUUGUUUGAUGGGCGCAGACUCCGUGCAGAACAGACUCCAGAUGAGCUUGAGAUGGAGGAUGGGGACGAAAUUGAUGCUAUGCUGCACCAAACAGGAGGCGGCCACCUGGCAUAGUUGGUUUAUAUUGCUCUAUUUUAGUUUUAUCAUUUAAAAUAUCCGUGUAAAUUGAAAUGGAGCUGAUGUGAACUGCAUAGUUCAAGUUUUGUUAUGACCAAGUGCUUGGUGGGGGAUGUUAUGCCAUUGGAUGUUCAUGGUCUUUCUUUUGCUGCUUAUGGAAUUAUUAGGCUUGUUUUGUGUUA